GAUUUUCACAAACAAGAUUUCCAAAAUUGUAUACAAAUGAUUCAGACUUGCAUAUCUACAGAUAAUUCAGAGCGCUGCGUCAAUACAAAAUCUAUCUGAAUUUGUGUCCACUUAGAUUUUGCGCAUUUUUUUCAUAAGUUACCUGAUGGCUCUUGAAAUCUAGCAACUUUAUAGCAGUCCUUAUUUUUUUCACAAGAAAUUCUGCUGAAACACAGCACUUACUUCUCACAAUGCAGCUACUUUACGGAAUAAUUUUUCUAAUGAUCGCAAAAUGGUCUAAAGCUGAUUGUGAUAGUGACAUUCAGGCAUAUACACAAGGAUUAAGCCGAGCCGAAGAAUGGGCACUAGAGAUGCUGGACUCGUCUGUCAAAUAUCCGCAAGCGGGAAUGUUUGAAGGAACACUUUUGGUCCAACUCGGAAACUACGACCAGUGUCUUUCUUUAAGAGGGCCCGAAGACACGCCAGGUGUUCCACGAUUCAAGGGCCAAUACUGUCACUUUAAUUAUGGGUUCCAAAGCCCUGAAGUGGAAAUUUUGAAUGAAACCUAUGAAGAAGCAAUUAGUUCAAGAAAGGCGCUUGAUCGAAUGACUCGCCCAAGAAGAAACAGUAAAUCUGUAGCUCCUGUGGUUCUUCCCUUUCUGUGGGGUGUUUGUGCACCAUCAUCGUGUGGCAGCGAGGGCGUGAAAAAAGUUGCAGACUUCAACGUCAAUUUUUUUACUGGAAUUUUCAACGUCGAACCAAGAACAUCCAUUGUUCCUGGAUCUUGUUACUAUGAGGGCGACGGCUCAAAAACUCUAGAAGCAUCGUCAUGGGCUUUCAUCGCGUGUUUUGGGCUCCUUUUAAUAUGGAUUGUGAUCUCGACUGUUUAUGAAUAUUUGAGACCCAAUAUGGAUGCCUUGGGCUGGAAAAUUCUAAUAAAAUCAUUUUCACUUCAAACAAACUUGGGAGAUUUGGUCAAGCUACCAACAACCCACGCUCCAGGGCAACUGGGCUGCCUGCAUGGAAUUCGCGUCAUGUCCUUAAUGUGGGUGGCUUUUGGACAUUAUUUCUUGUUCCACACUGCGUGGCCCACAACCAACUAUGUCUCUCAAACUCUAGCGGCAAGGAUGCGUUGGAGCAUGGCGCCUAUACUGAAUGGGUACCUCUCCGUUGACACUUUUUUGCUGCUAGGGGGAAUUUUGUCCACGUAUGUGCCAUUAAUGGAUCAUCAAAAAGGACGGAAAUUUAUCUUUUGGAAGUAUUACUUGUACAGAUAUUUAAGAAUUACACCAGCCUUAGCUGCAGUUAUGUGGUAUAUGGCGUCAAUUAAUAAUUAUGUAGCUCACGGACCAAUGUGGUAUUUCACUGUUGGAAUGCGCAAAACCACCUGCCAAGAAAACUGGUGGCCCACUCUACUUUAUAUAACAAACUACGUUUAUGAAAAUUGCAUCGGUCCAGCCUGGUAUUUGUGUGUAGACAUGCAGUUGGCUCUUUUGUCACCAAUCGUCAUCAUCCCCUUGAUCAAGUGGCCUAAAUAUGGAUUGGGCAUUUUAGGUUUCUUGACUUUAAGCUCAAUGGUGGCAGUUUUUACUGUUACCUACGUAGAAAGAUUUCCGUGGACAUAUGUUUCAAUCGGCGGACAAGACUUGGCCCGUUAUAUUGAUGUUUUUUACUCCAACACGCCACUCAGAGCAAUCCCUUACCUAGUUGGCAUGGCGCUUGGUUACAUUUUAAGCAGAAAAACUAAAAUUUCAAUCCCGAAAUGGGGAAUUGCUCUUGGGUGGUUGUUGAGCGCCGCCAUUUGUCUGACCAUUGUGUUUACCAUUCUCAUUGUCUACGCCGAGGAUUAUGUUUAUGAGCCAGUGGCGGCGUCUUUUUAUGCCACUUUUCAUAAGUUUGGAUGGGCCAUUGGAGUUGGUUGGGUGAUUUGGGCUUGCGUAAACGGAUACGGAGGGCCAGUGAAUAGCAUUUUGGCUUGGAGGUACUUUGUACCCUUCAGUAAACUGAGCUUUGCCGCCUAUCUCAUUCACCAGGACAUGAUGGAUUUCAGGCGUGCACUGCGAAGGACUGCUAAUUACAUAAGCGCCUUUGAAAUGUAUUACGAGUUUGCCGCCUUUGUGAUUGUUCUGGCGCCCUUUUCCGCUGUGCUCUACACCAUGGUUGAAGCUCCAAUCAUGAAUUUAUUAAGGAUUGCUUUCAGAAAAAAAUCACAUCCAGCAAAUGCUAAGUCCGUGGAUCCAAUGGCCAAGUCGGAUAAAGAUAAUUAACUAAAUAAUUCAAAUUGGCUCAUGCUCUUGUAUUCGGAUUUAUUGAGAAAGCCAAUAAGAAUUCAUAAAAAAAAACUAAAUAAAGAAAAUUUUGGUGUCAGUUUUCAAUUUAAUAAAAAAAAAUAGAACGCUAACGAAUUUUCGAUUGAUGAUUUUAUCAUAACAAUAACACCAAUACAAGAAAAAUAGGCAGGCCUUUCACGUUAAAGUCGUGCCAGUUUUUUAAAUUUGGCUUGCCAUCCUCAUAAAAUUUCUUUUUUUUUUCUUUUUUAAAAAGAAAUAACACGUUACAAAUAUAAAAUUAUUUUAUCAAUCCUCUGACCUGAUGCCUCUGAUCAGGAUCAACACAUUGAAACUCAUUGUUUCUGUUUGUUGCAUUUGGCUUGUUUAAUAUGUGCGCAUAAAUAAAAUUAUUCAAAUUUUUAAAUUUUAUUUCAAAAUGUUUAAAAAAUUCCGUAUUUU